ACUUUUUGUGUUUGGAGGUUUUUUUUUUAGUUGGUUCUCUCAGCGAUCAUGUCUGAAACGGCGCCUGCUGUUGCUGUUACGGCUGCGGCACCAGCUGUAGCUUCGAAAGCUCCGGCUAAGAAGGCGAAGAAAGCGGGAGCGGCAAAAGCGCGCAAGGCGUCGGGUCCCAGCGUCACCGAGCUGAUCACUAAGGCGGUGGCCGCUUCCAAGGAGCGCAAAGGGGUGUCUCUGGCUGCUCUGAAGAAAGCUUUGGCCGCUGGGGGCUACGAUGUGGAGAAGAACAACAGCCGCAUCAAACUGGGUUUGAAGAGCCUGGUAAGCAAAGGCACCUUGGUGCAUACGAAGGGAAUCGGUGCUUCUGGCUCCUUCAAACUCGGCAAGAAAUCGGGCGAAGGGAAAGAGAAAGCGCCCAAAAAGAAAGCAGCUAAGCCUAAAAAGCCGGUUGCUAAGAAACCUGCGAGUGCCAUCAAGAAGCCCAAAAAAGCGGCAGCGGCGGCCAAGAAGAGUCCGAAGAAACCCAAAAAGCCCGCGGCGGCUAAGAAGGCCACCAAGAGCCCCAAAAAGGCUAAACCGGUCAAGCCUAAGAAAGUCGCCAAAAGUCCGGCUAAAGCGAAGGCUGUGAAGCCGAAGACUGCCAAGCCCAAGACCAAGCCUAAAGCGGCCAAAGCGAAGAAGGCGGCGCCCAAGAAGAAGUAAAUCCAGAGUUGGCCCGUGGUUGCUUCUCUAAAAACCCAAAGGCUCUUUUAAGAGCCACCCACAGAAUCUAAAAGAGAGCUGUUGUCCGCUCAGUAGAACGCUGUCCGGAUGCUUUUAAUACCCUGAAACAAUCUAAUGUGGCUUGCGUGGAAUCUUGCACACUAGGGCACCAUUCUGCACCGUUUAGGGAUGUAAUUGAGCUUUAAGCCAACUACACUCAGGAACGGAGAUCCAUACACGGCAGGCUAAUCAUUACUUCUGAAAAGUGGGGAGGGAGCGGGGGUAAACAGGUUUCCAACUCGUAUCUGGUUAGUAAGCAACUGGGCAACAAAUGUCACUGUUAAGUGAGCACUUUCUAUUCAGGGCUUUCACUUGCUAAAGGAAGUUCUCCCACUUUUCAGUAGUUCCAUUUAUUAAACAAGAGCAUUUAUAUCGAAAGUGUAGGUCCUAUGAAAUAUAUUGUUACCGAUAUUGCAACACCUCCAGGUUUAUUUCGUAAACCCUAAAAACUUAAAUGGACUGUCAAUAAAUAUGAAUCACGCCUAAUUUAAAAAGAAAAGAUGCUUGUUUUCCCGACUAGGAAACCGAAUGGACGGUGCGUAACUUUAAAACAGCUUGUGAAUGAAGAUUUCGUUCGCUCAGGUUGAAUUACAGGUCUUUUUCUUCCCUAUCAAAGGGUUUUGUGAUGCGUUUCUGAUAGGCUCACACUAAGACGUCAUCUGAACAGCCAAUAGCCACUCGAUGUCAAGUAAUCCAAUCGGUCGUAACGCUUUGCUCUGUUGUCCAAUAGAAAACGAGAACCAGAACCCUUUUAUUUGCAUGGAAGUUAGUAUAAAAUAAAACCGCACUUACUGGUUUAUUAUUGGAACAUUUGUUGUUGGGUAUAUUGGCUAUAGGUAAUUGUUCGCAUAUCCCUCCCUCCCCCUUCUUUCCCCGAUUACG